AGGAGGUGGUGCGGGAGUGGGAGACGCUAAACGUCCGGUCUGUGAGGUAUGGUGUGAUCCAGGAGAAGGCCAGGUCCGUGAUGCCAAGAGAUGAGAGUUGUGUGCACGUUUGUGGAGUGACACUCUUUAGAUAUGGUGUGAUGGAUAUAAGGAGUGACCAUCACUGGAUAUGGUGAGAUGGAUAUGUGCAGUGACCAUCACUGGAUUUGGUGUGAUGGAUAUAAGGAGUGACCAUCACUGGAUAUGGUGUGAUGGAUAUGUGCAGUGACCGUCACUGGAUAUGGUGUGAUGGAUAUGUGCAGUGACCGUCACUGGAUAUGGUGUGAUGGAUAUAAGGAGUGACCAUCACUGGAUAUGGUGUGAUGGAUAUAAGGAGUGACCAUCACUGGAUAUGGUGUGAUGGAUAUAAGGAGUGACCAUCACUGGAUAUGGUGUGAUGGAUAUAAGGAGUGACCAUCACUGGAUAUGGUGAGAUGGAUAUGUGCAGUGACCAUCACUGGAUUUGGUGUGAUGGAUAUAAGGAGUGACCAUCACUGGAUAUGGUGUGAUGGAUAUAAGGAGUGACCAUCACUGGAUAUGGUGUGAUGGAUAUAAGGAGUGACCGUCACUGGAUAUGGUGUGAUGGAUAUGUGCAGUGACCGUCACUGGAUAUGGUGUGAUGGAUAUAAGGAGUGACCGUCACUGGAUAUGGUGUGAUGGAUAUGUGGAGUGACCGUCACUGGAUAUGGUGUGAUGGAUAUGUGCAGUGACCGUCACUGGAUAUGGUGUGAUGGAUAUGUGCAGUGACCGUCACUGGAUAUGGUGUGAUGGAUAUGUGCAGUGACCGUCACUGGAUAUGGUGUGAUGGAUAUGUGCAGUGACCGUCACUGGAUAUGGUGAGAUGGAUAUAAGGAGUGACCAUCACUGGAUAUGUGCAGUGAUGAUCGUUGGAGAUGCUGCAGCCGCCCUCUCCUCUGAACAGGUGUCUCUGUCCCUCUGUUCAGGCGAUGCCACCAUACGCUGUGACCAGAUGUCUCUGCUCCUUCAGUGGGUGUCUGACUUCCAGGCUGAGAACACUCAGGACGGGGAACUUGUUGCCUUUGAUGUUCUCUGUGGAGAUCUGAACUUUGACAACUGCUCGUCAGAUGACUGUCUGGAGCAGAAGCACGGCUUAUUUUCCAUUUAUAGAGAUCCGUGCAGAGACCGCGCAGGACGAGAUCGUCCUGGGACCAUAGGGACCCUACUCCGACAGGAGUUUCUGUACCAUGAAGCUGUGAACUCUCCAGCCAGGCUGAAGAGCACCCUCCAGUCAGACAGCGAGCGCCGGCUUUAUGUUGCGGCACCAUUACCUCAGGAUGAUGAUGAUGAUGAUGGUGAUGGACAAUGGACGGGACGACGCAUCGAUUAUAUUCUGCAUCGGGAGGCGGACACUCUGCUACCGGUUGUUGUAGAGAAGUUCCAGUUCAUCACACGAUUGGCCGGCCUGUCGGAUCACGUCCCUGUGGCCCUGCACCUGUCCUCCUCACUCCCAGAGAUCACCGCCCUGUGACCGGCUCCAGUGGGCACCCCUGGACCCACGUACUUCACUGACUCGGAGGCACAGACCUCAGUGAUGCCUGUGGUGAUCUCUGGAUACACGGACCUCACUGAAGCCUGGUGGGGACCUCUGGACACAUAGACCUUGCUGACAUCCAGUGGGGGCCUCUGGAGGCACAGACCUCCCUGAUGCCUGUGGUGAUCUCUGGAGGCACAGACCUCCCUGAAGCCCGGUGGGGACCUCUGGACACAUAGACCUUGCUGACAUCCAGUGGGGGCCUCUGGAGGCACAGACCUCCCUGAUGCCUGUGGUGAUCUCUGGAGGCACAGACCUCCCUGAAGCCCGGUGGGGACCUCUUGACGCAUAGACCUUGCUGACAUCCAGUGGGGACCUAUGGAGGAACAGACCUCACUGAUGCCUGUGGUGAUCUCUGGAUACACGGACCUCACUGAAGCCCAGUAUGGACCUCUGGAGGCACAGACCCUGCUGACAUCUGGUGGAGACCUCUAGAGGCACAGACUUCACUGAUGCCCCGGUGUGGACCUCUGAAGGCACAUAACACCUGGUUCUCUGGGUUGGACUCCUGGAACUAUGUUGUCAAUGAAAUAUAUGUAUUUGAUAUGAGGUUUAUUGCUCAGCUUCCUGUUGCAGGGACAUAGGGGCCACAGGGCUGUCAGUGUGAUCCUCCUAGCCCCAGGACACACCCUUGAGGUCUCUGCCCCUGGACCCCCAGUGGAGCCUUUAGUCUAUCCUUCUGUCCUGUCCAGUUUCUCCUAGGCAGAUACUGUAUAAUGGCUGACUUUACAUGGCCAGUGUGGAGGAGAGGGAGGCACCCAACUUUCCCGAGGCUCUGAAAAACCUAUAAAUUGUUACUAGCAUCUACAGUCAUAGCAUCCCUUUGUACUAUCCUCUCUGUGUCAGUCUACAUUGUUCUGGUAUUCUGUUCAUAAACGUGAAGCUGUAGCGACGAGCCAGUCCUGUCCUGUCCUGAGCGGGAAGCUUCAUUCCAUAAACAAAAUUCUUUGUAUAAUGACAA